AUGAAAAAAUAUGCUAUCAAAAACUAUUAUGACAAUAUAGAUUCUCAUCUCAAGGAUGCUAGUCUGAACAAUCAAAAACUAUACUGGAAGUUACUGAAAGACACUUUUCACAUUAAACCAACAAAUGAAAUUCCACCUAUUCAGUUUACAGCCAACAAUGGCACUGAAAAUUUUGCAUUUUCAGACAUAGAUAAAAUUGAACUAUUGAACAAAUAUUUCACAUCAAUUACAGUCUUAGAUGACAGUAAUCAGGAGCUCCCAAAUAUAGUGUCUAGAUGGGCUCCAAGGGGAAAAUUUAAGCAUUAUGUCCUAGAAGAAUCAUUACUUGACAGAUCCGAGGUGUGUUCCAGUAAAAUACGCUAUUUUUGUGAUCUAUGUAACAAAGCUUUUGAAGAAAGCAAAAGUGAAGAUCAUCCAAAUCACCAUGGGAACUCUCUGGAAUUUCCAGGAAUCUUCAUUCAGAGAGACUUUUUAUCUCUUGAGGAGGAGCUGGGUAUUUUAAAGCACAUUUAUCAAAGUCCCUUUGUUGAAUCUCAGUCUGGAAGACGAAAACAGGAUUAUGGUCCAAAGGUGAAUUUCAAAAGAAAGAAAGUCAAAUCUGAAGUUUUCACAGGCCUACCAAACUUUAGCAAACCACUAUAUGAGAGAAUGAAAUCAAUAGAAAUUCUUAGGGACUUCAAGCCAGUAGAGCAAUGCAAUUUGGAAUAUGUACCAGAAAGGGGGGCAUCAAUAGACCCCCAUUAUGAUGACUUCUGGUUGUGGGGAGAGAGGCUUGUGACCUUGAACUUAGGGUCAGACACGAUACUUUGUAUGACUUCAUCAGAAUACCCUGAUAUAAGUGUCCAUGUGCCCAUGUGUCGUCGUUCUUUGAUUGUUGUCCAUGGUCCAGCCAGACAUACUUGGAUGCAUGGAAUUCAUAGGUGUGAUAUCACAGACCGUAGGAUUGCUAUUACUUUCAGAGAGUUGUCUGCAGAAUUUCAACCUGGGGGUGAAAAACAAGAAGUGGGACAAAAUCUUUUGGACAUUGCUUUGACAUUUGAAGGAGUUUCUGUUGGCUCAAUGAAAGAGUUAUAGAUUCUAUAAAUAUUUUUAAAAGAUACAUUCUAUUAUCUUAUUAAAAAAAAAUGAGCUAAAAAAUUGUCAAAA